AUAUACGUGUGGGUGUGCUUUCACUGUUACUUAUUCUAAUUGUAUUGUUAUGAAUCAUGGAACAAUCGCAAUUGAAAUUUCACAGUUUAUUUGGUGGUUCACACACGUAUAUGUAUAUAUACCUCACUUUAUAUAAUACUGCCUAGAGGUGGCUUUAGUAUUUAUUAUAGCUGUCAAAUAAUCUUUUUUUUUUCUAUUUCUAUCAAAAUAAUGUUUAUUCGGUAGUUAUUGAAACUGUCGAGGUUGUUAUUUAUACAAAAGCAGAAGUUCUAGGUUCAAAGCAUGGCUACCCCAUCAUCGUCUACAUCUUCAGAAACAACAUCACCGUCGUCAUCAUCAUUUUCAUUCCGAAAGAUCAAUACGUUUGUUUUCUUCGAUUUAGAAACCACUGGACUGAACGAGAUUGGAAACCGACCUAAGAUUACUGAAUUGGCUAUGAUUGCUGUAAGCCGCAACGAACUAUCGUACACCCGCCCUCGCGUAUUAAACAACCUUCGCCUGUGUUUUUAUCCCAAUAAACUAAUCACUCCAGCUGCCUCUAAACUCACUCGUCUUUUCAAUGAUGCAUUGCAGGACCAAAGCAUCUUUGAUAUUAACGCCACUCAACUUCUCGACUGUUUCUUAACCAGACUAAAAAAACCAGUUUGUUUGGUGGCCCAUGGAGGAAAUGAUUUUGAUUUUGGUCUCUUACAAGCUGAACUUCGUUAUGUGCAGGCAACAUUGAUGUUGGAUCUUCUCUGUGUUGAUACAUUGAAGGCAGUGAAGGAUUUGGACACCAUAAAACCAUCUAUAAUGACCACUCCAACUAAAAACUCAAAAAUGAUUCCAAUUACACCAAGAAAAGAACCAAAAAGAAAUUACAAUGAUCCUUCCCAAACACCCAAUAACUCACAAAUUCAAGGAGUUGAUAAAGCAAAAACUUGGCUUUGGAAAGGUAUGGGCAACAGUGUUUUUCUGACCCCAAAAUCAAGCCCUGAAAAGGUCGAUAAUUCAGAUAAAUACAAUUCAGAUGAAUCAUUUGAUGAUAAUGAGCCUCUUUGUAAAAAGGGCAAAAUCUCAUACAAACUGGGAGACAUUUACAGGCGAGAAAUUGGAAGUGAACCUAUAAAUGCACAUUCUGCUGAGUCUGAUUCCAUGAUGUUAAUGACAAUUAUCAUUAAACGUAAGGAUGAAUUUCUUCCGUGGAUGGACAAAUACUCUGCUCCUUUUUCUUUUAUAAGGCCUUUAUAUGAAUACAAUCAAAGAUAACUAUUGGAUUAUUACAUUAAUAAUUUAUGUCAAAAUUCCUAACUUGAUUCUAUGAGGUGUCAAACACUCUUGAAACAUUGUUAAAAUAUCUAAACUGACAUCAGUGCUUCAGUAUACAAUUUAUAUCUAGCUUCUGGAGCAAGAUAUUGUCUAUACAUGUGCUGUUUUACUCAAUUGAUAUAUACCUCUCAGAAUCA